AUGGGCUCAAGAGACCGCGGUCGAGCUGCCCCUGUUCGUGCAGGCGCGCCUGCAUCGGCCUCUCAGGCCCAAAGGGAGGCAAAGGAGAUUGAAGAAUGCGAAAAGAUUGUGCGCUUUCGCGAUGCUAUCCUCGCAGGCAAUCACCCAUCCAUCAAGCUUCCCCCUGGCCUCAAGGCCUUGUCCACCCCCCUCCCCACCUUCGCGAGACCACCAUCAGAGCCUGGCGAAGUAGACACACGGCCCGAAGCUGCGCAGAAGCUUGCUACAGGCAAACAGGAUCAGACUCCCAGUGUGUCGCAGCCUCAGCCUCCCGCUGACGCUCGCGCUCCUCAGGCGACUGGUCCCCAACACCCAAAGCCAUUCGCAAACAGGACGACAGAGAUCAAUCCCAUUCUACUUGAAAAGUCUGACGAGCUCGUGAGAGCUGAGAUCCAGCUGCAGAGGCAGAGGAUCGAGCGGUCUCUGAAAGACGACAUCGAACAGCGUCGCGCCUCAAAGCAAGUGCAAGCAGAGCCUGUCAUUGAGUUUGAUCUAUCUGAUGUGCUCGCCAAGGCCUUGACUCUUGUUCAAGCCACUACUAUACCUUUUUCCGCCAACGGAGACUUGAGUGCUAAUCAUGAAGCUGCAAGUGAUUCUUUUGACGAUAACACCUUUUACUCUUCGAAGCAUGACACGCCCGAGUCCAACCUGACCUCGCGCGUGCGCCACUCGUCUGAUGAGGCCAUGGUGACGGACGACCGCAGGCCAUCUCUGCCACGGUCUCAUGCCAGCACGGGCUAUGGUAAUAUCGCGGCACCCUCUGCGUCUGCGAAUGGUCACUAUGCUGCAGGACCCCCUUCCCGACCUUCAACCCAAGUCCCCGCUGCUGCUCCGGCUGCUGCUCCUGCUCCUGCUCCGGUUCCAGCCCCGCCUCUGGUGACAAGUACCACCGCGAGUCGGCCCCAGCAGGUGCGGGUUCCUGGGCUUCACAUACUGGCCAACAGCGGAAUCUCUCCAGCUACACAGGCUCCAGCCAUCACUGCGCGCACAGAGCCGGUCCGGGAGUUGCAAGCCGAGACUGAUGACUCAGGGGACAGCGCUUUGCAGUACGACCCGGCUCGGCCUGCGCUGCCACCAGGCCCUCCCGUUGUUCGAAACCAUGACUUGAUACCUGUUGCUCCUCAGCCAGCAAAGAUUGCACCUCUGACUGUUGUCAAUGCUCAGACGCCUGUCAUUGAUUCAACAUUAGCCGCUUCUCUUGGUACGUCGGCGCAGGUGGCGGCACUCAGACACGGACUCGACGUCCCUGCCAGCUCCGAGAGCUCUUCUCAGGGCGCCAAGGAGACAGAGAGGAAGAGGGGAAAGAAGAAUAAGAGGAAGGCCGACCGGCAAGCGCUCGAGGCACAGGCCGGGCCAAGUAUCAAAGUUGAGCCUCGUUCACAGUCGCCCAUGACAGCUCCAGCAUACAACAGACCCAGCAAACGGCAACGACACUCCCAGGCACAUGCUAAUGAUUCUGGACAAUCUGAGCCGAGAUACGCCCAGCCUCCACCGAACGCAGCCUAUGAGCAACCGCCGCCACAGGCGUUUCCAAGCGAGCGAGCUCCUGCAACCUACCAUGAACCCGGCCCCGCACAAUAUCUGCCUCACUCCGCGUCGAUACGUGGUGAGCCAGCGGGAGCCCCAAACCCCAACAGCCUUUAUGAUCCUCGCGUGCCUGGUGAGAGCUACGCCCGCCCUGCUCCCCUUGGCGAGAGCUAUAUGCGUCAGCCUCAGACACGCGAUCCGGUUUCCUAUUCCAUUCCACCACCCAGAGAGGUUCAUGGUCCUGCCGCAGUGCCACAAGUUAUUUCUUACGAUUCAUACCGGGAGCCCAUUCGCAUCUAUCGGGAACCUCUUGAGGGGGCCCGCGCAAGUGUACGCCCAGAGGGUGAGUCUUUUAUAGUCCCCCCACGGCCACCGACGCGGGUCAUGGUCGAUUCGUAUGGGCGGGAGUUUGUCGAGCCUCUGAUUUCCUCCGCCCGGCAAUCUGUUGCCCCCAUGCCUCGAUCUGGAGAACCGGAGGUGAUUUACGAGCGAUUGCCACCCCGGACUUUGUCGAACAACCUCGGGCCUGCGCCGCACAACGAAGGCAACGUGGUAUAUGCCAGACCGCUUUCGAUCUACGAUCCAGUCAGAAGAGUAUAUGUCUCUGAGCCGGAGUAUCCUUACGAGCAUAGGGACGGUCAGUUUAGCGAUCACCAGCUGCAGCAGCGAGGAUAUAUUCAGAUUGUGAGGUCCCAUGAUGGCAGGAUCAUCGAAGAACGACCGGCGGAGUACGUGCCACGAGGGCCCAGCUACCGGCCGCCUGAGCGGAUGCGCUUCGAGCCGGCCCAGCCAUACAUCCGUAUGCACAGCGCACGUCCCGAGGCUCCUGGCAGAGAAUACAGCGGGAAUGUCCACAUGGAUGGCCGUCACCCUGAAGGCCCACAAGCAUACUCCAGAGAGUACGGCAGUAGCCCCAUGCAACGAGCUCCGACGAUUCAUCGGGAGUACAGCAUGCGGCCCCCUGAACGGUAUCAUGAGCCCCAGGGAGGAGCCCCCAGAGGAACGGACGAGAUCGCCUUUAUCGAGCGGCCUCGUGGAGCGUCUCGGGAAAUUGUCUACGUUGAUGACGUCAGGAGAGAGGUUUAUCGGUGA